AUGACAUAUGCCAGACGUCAACGUCAUAUGGCCGAAGGCGGUGGAAAUAAUGGUGAAAAUAAGUGCUUAAAAUGCAAUGUUCUAGACGAGCGUGCUUCAUCCACACUUUUUUUCAUUUAAAAUGAUCUAUCGGACUAUCCUCUUUAAGUUGCAAGUGAAAAUACAGCGAAAUUAGAAGUUCUACAAGACGCAACAGUACCUCAAUUUAACCAGACUAUGCUUUCAGAAGUUUUGAAAAAUAAGAAAUAUCCUAAUUUUAGCAUUUCAUGUUGAAACAUUAACUGUUGUUACUUUUGUUGGCAACAUUGAUGUCUAUGGAGAAUUCUGCGAUGCGGUGGCAAUCUGGCAACACUGUUACUACGCUAAUGAGUAACGAAUAACCUACAAGCUUCCGAAACGUAAAUCUGAUACCUGUCUUGUAAUUUAUGCGAUGAUGACAAAUCGUUGAGUGAGAUACCCUACAGGUAAACCUUCCACCAUUAGCCUUGGGCCUUAAAAUUGUAGAUGAGAAGGUAACAGUUAACAGUGCCUUAUCAAAAGUGACAACAGGCCGGUGCAAAACAUCUGCAUAUGAAAUCAAGCAGCCAUAGGAAAAACAAAGGAAAACUUUUGGAAAAAACUGAUCUAAUGUUAAUUUAUGGCACAAAAUCAAAGGCACGCCCUUCUGGAAAGCUAAAAUUCAAGAAUAAAGCGUACGAGGAUUCCACCUAACCCUACUUCUACCAAGAUGUUCGGCAAAGUGUUAUUUUUGUAUUUUUCGGUAGCACUCGUACCGAAAGCAAAGACUGCGUUGACCAGAGGUGUGAGUGGGUCUAGUCCAGUUAAAAUUAACAAGUGCUGUGAACCGAAUGAAAUUUACGUUGGAAGACAUUGUACUAUCGUGAACUCGAGUAGCGAAGAGUGGAGACCACUGUUUGUUUCAGAAAAAGGGGACACCAAUUUGCAGAUAAAUUACACACUAGUAAGUGGUGCGCCCGAUUGCGGACAUAUGCAACUAUGGCCAAUAUACCACUACUACAAUUCGACGGAUAGAUUGCGUUUGCUGCCAAACGGCAUAUUGCGACAUUAUUUUGACCAUGUAGACGUACCAGGUGAUGAAGACAUAUUGGGGAAUAAUCAGGAAGAAAAAACUCUGUACCAUGACUAUGAAUUUGGAAAGUACUGCUUAGAUAAGAACAUAGACGAAGUGAGAAGCGAAUUCGCCUGGGUGUGCGCCCCAGAUGUUCACAACAGCUGGCAUACCAGCACAGAAUUCAUAAUGCGAAACAUAGUCAGUCCGGCGACCCAUUUUGUGUGCAUAGUUUGCUUCCUGACUGUGGCCAUCGUAUAUUUUGUGAUGCCCACUUUGAGAGACCUGACAGGAAACAUAGUCACGACGAUAUGCAUUUGCCUUAUCAUAAGCCAAGCUGCUGAUAUCGUCAGGUUGCUCACCGUGUUCAAGAGUCAUGUCAGUAUUCUCAUCACAGAAACGAUCUGUUAUAUAAGCAUUCUCGGUGCGUUUUUCUGGUUGAAUACACUCGGAUAUUACAUCUGGAGGACGUUUAAUAAUAUAUUUUUCAGAUCGAGAAACGUAUUUUUAAGAAUCACGGAUGGAAAAAAGUACUGCUACUAUGGCGGAUAUGCGUGGAGCUGUACAUUGAUAUUGGGGAUACUGGCGAUUUUCGCACAUUUUACUAUGGAUUAUCCUGAUGUCCAGUCAACGGCCAGUUCAAAGUAUGAUCAACAAGAAGAAAUAGGUUCCCUGGGCAUGGUCAUAUUUUUUGUACCUGUCGCAUUUACUGUUCUAGUAGAUGUAUUUUUCUUCGCCACGACUCUUAAAACAAUCAACAAAAUGCACACUUAUGGCAGGAUACAUCACAAACUGAGGCAUAGUUUCCGUAUGUUCUUACUGCUAUUAUUCCUGAUGACCCUCUGUUGGCUGUUUCUCUUAGCGUCGUUCUCGAAGUACGACGGCCUGAUCAACAGUCACAUUAUCGCUAACGCGUUUCUCGGUCCUCUCGUGUUGUACAUAUGCGUCUUUAACCAAAAACACGUUGCUUAUCUGAUAAGGAAAACGUGCUGCUACAAGAACUGCAUUUGUCCUUGUUGCAGACCGGAAACGGAAAGCGAAUGGGGAGACGAAAUGACAGCCAUGAAUACUGUCAAUAAUUAUUAGAAAUACAUCGCAAAUUAUCGUAAGUUUCGUCCGGGACACAUUUCAUUAAAAUUACACUUUGUCGAUGCUUAGUGUUAAAAGACGUUAUUUAGAAUUUUCAUAAAAUCAUCUUUAGAUUCGAUUUUAACCCUAACCUGGAUCUAGGGAAUAAGAUAACAAAUGGAGUAGGGUGAAUCUCACAGUAAUGAUUUCACGAAAAGUGUAGAUUAAGGACCAUUUAAGCAGUAAAGGGGACGGGUCUUUGCUUUGCUUAUUUUUGAUGACACAGAGGGGGGGUCUAGGUGGUAAUUACGUUGAUACCUAUUAUUUUACUUUUUCAGAAUUUCUGCAAAAUUCAGUCGGUUUUGAUUUGGACACAUAUUGAUUGUUAUCAUUUUGCUGCUAAGUUUGUUGGGUCAAGCAAACCAGAUCUUCCUGAACGUGAAAACCAAAACUUGUUUCAAAUUGUAAAUUUUACUAGAAUUUUUACGUAUGCAUAUGAUACGUUGAUAUACAAAUCAGAUGAAAAUAUAGACACUGCUUUAAAAAUGAUAAAUUCUCACUUGGCAAAAAUCAUAAAUUGGUUAAAUGUAAAUAAACUAAAACUGAAUGCUUCCAAAACAAAAUGUAUGCUAAUAGGGAAAUACCUGAAUGAAAGUACUACCGCAGUUAGGAUAAAUGGUGAAGUAAUUGAAAAUAUUAUAUAUUGAUAGGAAACUCAUGUUUGAGGAUGACUAUGAAUAUGAAUUUAAAAAAUUGCCAAAAACAAAUUACUUUUAUAGGGCUUUUCUUAUUCUUAGUACAUAUUCCAAAAAAAUAGUUUAUAAUACAAUUAUUCUACCUUGCAAAAAACGCUUUGAGAAUAAUAUUGAAUAAAAAUAAUUACAUUAAAAUAAAAUCUGUUACCAGAAUUGCAGUGGUUGAAUAUAAAAAAUUUCAUUUAUUAGCUUCUUACUUUUAUAUUUAAAAUACAAAAUCAUUUUUGAAACAUUUAGAACACUACAUAGAAUUGAAGAAUCAUUACCACAAUUAUUAUAUAAGCGGAAUUAUAGAUGUUCAUUUACAAAAUUGCAUUAGUAAUAUAACUAAUCAAUAUUUUAGAAAAAAAAUAGUGAUCUAAAGUCUACUUUUAAUUUAGAGAUAUUUGAAAAAAAUUAAAGCAAUAUUUCAUUGAUAGUGAAAAUUCUUUGAGAUGCAAAUUUUUUUAUCUGUUUGCUAGAGAUUUGCUAACAAUAGUGAAAAGGGUGUUAAUAGUUGUAAAAAAUCUGCGCGCUUGAACGUCUUUUGACUCUAAGCCCUCGAUCAUAACUAUUAAAAAUAGCUCAAUAAGUGUCUUGAAGAACAGCUGUGAUUGAAUUUAAAAGACAUUGAACUUCUGAAUAUACACUGUAAAUCUUUUGUGCCUUCAAAUCGCACGUAAUACGAACAUGUAGAUUUGCACAUUAAUGUAGUAUAAUAACUAAGUGUGGUACUUAAUUUUAAGAACAGCAACAAACCAUAUUGUGAUGUAACACCUAAGGUAUAAAUUUUAUGUUUGUAAAUUAUGUGUAUGUUCUCAGAACAUAUUUAUAUUGCUGGCAGCUUUAUACCGCAAUCUCAAGUAAUAGUUUAGUGACAAUAACUGUGUAUCAAUAUUUAGAUAUACUAGUGAUAGUGUUGCUUUUGGUUUUUGAGCACAUGUCUGAAUAUCUUAAUAUUUUUAUUUUGCGGUUGGCAGCUAUUUAUUAGAAAUCUCAUUCCACUGUCUAAGUGACAACUAAUCUCGUUUAGAUUUAACGGAACAAAAGUGACUAUAAGUGUACUUAACAUUUUUAAUAUAUUUUAUAUUUUCAUAUAUAUAGAAUACAACAAAUAAUUAUUUUAUAUUUACUAGGAGUUUUGACGACGAGCGCAAUUUUCAGAAAAUAAAAUGUUAU